GUAGCACAAAGAGGGUAGUCUUAUUUCUCGCUCCUGAGACGAGACUUUCUGGCCUGACCGCGUGGUGCCGUACUAAUAAUCCGAGGACCAAAGAUUGAGCUAUGGCCACUUAGUGCUAAUGCGUUACUGGAUUAGCGACCAUGACGUAUCAAUGGCAAAGCGAGUGCAAUCCCAUUCGACAAUGUCGGUGGAUUGGACCCGUCACUAGUCAAGCCUGCCACGUCAGCAUUCCCAGGAUCCUGGGGCACAGGGAGCGGCGCGUCAGCCAAGGGAUUGCCGCCACGUUGGACGGAACAUGCGGCUGAGAAGAGCUCAGGAUAUGGGCGAAAUCCCAACUCCCACUCGCAGGAUUGGGGGGGUGGCAAGCCGCCCCCUCCUGUGGACUCCAAGAAAGGUACUCCCUCGAAAGCAGCAGCAGCAGGCACAAGCGGAGAGAGAUGGCUUUUCCAGGAGGAAUGGGUUCAGGGAGAGAGGCUCUGGCGCUUAUAACGAGGACGACUGCUACGCUGCCGCUAAUGAUGAAGGUUAUAACGAGGACGACGUUUACAAUGACAACGAGACUUUUGGUAGGAACAGGGAUUACACUGUGACCAAGGGUUACAAUGAAGACGAGAUGUACAGUAACGAGGAUGUGGGAAGAGUGAGACGAGGAGAGGAGAGAAGAGGAGAAGGGGAGGGGGAAGAGGAGGAAGAGGAGGAGGAGGAUGAUGACGAUGAUGAUGAUGAUGAUGAUGAUGUUGCAAUUGCUGUUGCCACCGAUGCCAUUGCUGUUGAUGACAACGGGCACGUGCAGGGCAGGGGGCCGAGUGGAGUAUGCGGGGAUCAUGGUGCUGAAUUGAGUCCGGAAGGCAUUGGAGACGGAGCGAAAGGGAAGGUGAAGAAGGGGAGAGCGAAGGCUGAGAAGCCCAAGAAACCCAAGAAGCAAUCUAAGGAGGAGAAGGAGAAGAAUGUGAAAAAGGGGUUGAAGGGGGGGAAGGGGGAGAAAGGGGGGGAGAAGGUAACGAAGACAAAGAAGAAGCAGCAAGGGCAGCAGCCGCUGCAGCAGGAGCGGGGUGAAGGGGAGGUUUUUGACCGUCAGAUGGAGCAGUACAAGCGAUCGCAGUCGUUGGAUCACGGCACACAUGCCGCCCAGCUGGCAUCUGCUGGGGACCAUCCUCUGCCGCACAACCUCAGCUUCGUGUCCCCCCCACACCACCACCCCAAUCAUGUGUCGCCAUCCAAUCAUCCCUACCCGCCGCCCAACCAUGUCUCCCCACCGCAUCUUGCUCCCGUGCAACACCAUGCAUCGCUGCCUAAUCGCAUCUCGCCACCCCAGUACAUGUCCUCGGCCAAUCACACAUCUCCACCUCAUCAUGGCAUGGACCAUGGGUUAGGGCGUGGAAUGAUGGGGACCGAUGUCAGCCAUGGGUUGGGGCAAACGCACAGGCCAACGCAUGGGCCAAUGCACGGGCAAACGCACGGGCCAAGGCACGGGCAGCAUCAAGGGCACCACAUGCGGCAGAGCGUGGGUGAGGAGGAGGAGGAGGAGGAGCACGGUGGUGGUGAUAGAAGGGAGAAGGACAGGUGGCGCAACGUGAUUGGGCGGCCGUUGGAGCGGGUGGAGGAGAGAUACGAGAUGGUGGGCGAGGUGGUGGGGCGGGGGUACUUUGGGGACGUGGUGGCGUGUAGGGAGCGGCGCACGGGCGAGUACAUGGCGUGCAAAGUGAUCAAGAAAGACAACAUCAUGAGCGAGGACGAUGCGGAGGACAUCACGAAUGAGGUGGCGGCGCUGGAGACAGUGAGAGGGCAUCCGCACAUCGUGCAGCUUAUGGAGACCAUCGAGGACGAGGAG